AUGAUCACGCGACUUGAAGGAGGGAAAUUCCCCGAAUGCAGCACCAUUCCAGUAUUAGCAAUGACUAUAUUUGGACAAAUGAAGCUUCGAUUCCCCCAGGCAUUCUAUGGCCAACAAGGCCUAGUGAUCAGAAAGACCAAUCUUUUUGAUUUUUCGACUAAUGAGCAGGCCACCAAGAAUAUGAAUACUGUUCUUGAUAUCAUAGCCUCUCGCCAAGUGGGAGAUCCUACGGGUCCGACAAUCAUUCGCCAGGUUUGUACUUCAUAUGCAAAAACGCUGACUGAGCAUUAG